CCAUUUUAGUUUAAGCUUUGACCAGUUACCUAUGACAAAGCCUUUCAUGUAUUGCACCAUUCCCAAUAGAAUACAACAUUAUGCUACAAACACUCCGAACAAAGCUGCAUUUAUCAUCCAUUCUACGUCUGGAAGUCGUGAAGUUAUAACAUGUAAAGACUUAUACCAGCAGAGUCAGACAAUUGCCAAGGGUCUUGUACAUCUUGGGAUUAAGAAAAAUGACACUAUAGGUAUGUCUUUUCCCAACAGUAAAGAAUGGCUUGUUUCAACCUUUGGAAUAUUAAUGGCAGGAGCGGUUCCUUUACAUAUGUCAUUCAAGUACAAGGACGGUCGAGAUAUAAUACCAAUUCUGCAAAUUCCAGGAAAUUGUAAAGCUAUAUUGAUGGCUAACGAGAAGGAUAGUUCAAUUCGUGAUUUUCUGGAUAAUAUUCUUACGAGAAGCGAAUCAGAAACUAAAAUGAUGGAGCUGAAAAAAGAACGUCUACUCCCCUUUCUGAAAUUUGUUGCUUUAGACAAUUCAAUAACAGGUUUUGAAGAUUGUUGCACGAUUUCUGAUAUUUUAAGUAUCGGAACUAAGUAUCAGAAUAUAAACUUACCAUUUCUGGAUCCAGAUGACAUUGCCGCGUUUUUAAUGACGUCUGGUAGUACCGGGAUCUCGAAACUCGUACCAAAGACGCAUUUACAAAUGCUUGAAUUCGGUCAAGGAUUUAUCGCUGCAUAUAACAUGGAAUCUUGCGAUGUAUAUUUUAACGACAGGUUAUUUAACUGGGGAGCUGGAUAUCCGUCCGUAUUUUUGGUAUGCGGAGCUACACAUGUGACCUCAUCUGACCAGUUUACUUUACAAAGCAUCAGCGAAAUCUGCAACUUUGCGAUUGAAAUAAUUAAACAAGAUAACUGUACAGUGUCUCAGUUCCUACCAGCUUUUGCGAUGGAAAUUCUGAAAAGAGACGAAAACGAAAUAAGUUCAAGGGUUAUAGCUACAAGUGGAGUUCCUGUUUCAAAAGAGUGUGCUCAAGUGGUUCCAAGAUUUUGUAGAGAAUUUAUUUGUCUUUACGGAUCAACAGAAAUGGGAUGUGUUUCUGUGAAAAGGUCUCGAGCGGCGUCCGACUUUUCCGACUAUAAUGUCGGCAAACCUUUGCCGGGAGUCGAAAUGAAAGUCGUCAAUAGGUCGGACGGUAAAACAUUGCCACAGAAUGAAGUAGGAGAGCUCUUUGUUCGACAUCGAGUUGCUUUUGGAGGUUACCAUAGAAAUCCAGAUAAAACAAAUAAAGUACUUGGAACUGAUGGUUGGUACAAAACAGAUGACAUAGCAUUUAUGAAUGAUAAUGGAGAUUUUACAGUCACAGGACGUUGUUCAGAUAUCAUUUUAUGUUAUGGUGAAUCAAUCUCACCUUCUUACAUCGAAGACGAGAUUAAAAUACAUCCAGCAGUAGCAGAAGUUUGUGUAGUUCCUGUCAGUGAUCCAGUUUGUUUUCAAAAGGUCUGUGCGUGCAUCGUUUUGCGAAAAGGUUCACUACUUUCAGAAGAUGAACUCAAAUUAUAUCUAUCAGCAGGCGUCAAAAGUCAGAUUAAAUUCACAGAAAAUUCUAGAAUCCAUCUUUUCUUUGACAGUUUUCCUAAAACUGCGGUUGGGAAAAUUUUCCGAAGAGGUGUGAAGGAAGAAGCAGAACAAAGAGUAAAUGGAAGACAAUGAUAACUUGAUGAAUAUUAAUUGAUUAUCAUUGAAUUAUUAUAUAUGUUAAACACAGUU